AUGUACAACGGCAGGGGCGAGGGGCGCGGAAUGUUCACGUGGCAGGCCGCGCAGGACGUAGAGCAGCCGCUCCUGCAGGUGACCGCGGAGAACAUGCUCCCGGCGCUGUCGGCUCGCCAAGCAAUGCUCAACGCCCAGCGCACCACGCGCGCCGCGCGCCUCGCCGCGGCGGCCUUCGCCGUCUUCCUCCUCAUCCAGAUCAUCUACGUCUGCCUCCUCUUCGUCCCGGACGCCUGGGACGUCCACGCGCUCCACCGCGUGCUCCCGCGCGAGUGGUACAGCCACAAGCGCGCGUUCCCGGCCCGCGCGGUGCCGCAAGUCCUCCUGUUGCCGCUCUCCAGCCUCCUGUCGCGCGUGCUCAACUCCGCGCUGCACGCGUGCCGGAUGCGCGGAGCGAUCCCGCUGUACGUCCGCGCGCGCCCCUGGACCGGCCUGCCCAUCCAGGUCUCGGCGUACGCCACCGCGGCAACCCUCCUGGUCGCGCUGUGGAGCAUCGCGUACCCCGGCGAACGCUCGCGGCUGAUCUUCUUCCUGCGCGCCGUCAUCUCCGCGGAGUGCGCGACGCACGCGCUCGUCUUCCUCGCCUUCGUCCGCGCCUGCCGCAUGGUCCCAGGCGAGCAGCUCCUGCGCAUGGACCCGAGCGGCAUCCCCGCGGGCCUCCUCUCCGGCUUCCCGUCGCUGGCGGACCUCGAGGGCCACGACGGGGACGUGCAGGCCGCUGCGGUGGCCGUCACGGCCGCGGGGGCGCACGGCGGCGACGGUCUGGGCCGCAUGCGCGCCGAGGCGGUCCGCACGCUGCAGGAGCGCCUGCGCGACAUGCACAAGCGCGUCCUGACGCUGUCGCGCGCCGACGUGCACGUGCUGGCCGCGGACCGCGCGGCGCUCGAGGCCGAGGCGCGGUCCGCGCGCACGGCGCUGCAGGGGACGCAGGAGCAGCUCCGGGGGAUGCAGGAGAAGUACCUGCAGGAGAUCACGAGGCUGCGGUGCUCGCUGCAGCAGUGGUCGAGCCGGUGCGCGGCGCUGGAGGGCAACCUGACGAUGCAGCGGGCGGCGGGGGGCGCGGCGCAGGCGGCGCAGGCGGUGCCGGACGCGCCGCCGCUGUCGCCGGCGACGGCGGGGGCGGGGAGGGCGGCGGCGAAGCAGCGGCCGCGGAACAAGCCGAGCUUCGGGCCCAAGAGCCACCAGAUAUCCAUCACAGGCGACGACGACGCCAGCUGA